CGAACGUCAGGUCAACAGAUUGAAUCGAAUAUCCGUCACCGUCGGUCGGGUGCGUACGUGCGUAGAAAGCACUGUUUUUUCCCGUGCCUUCGCGGAUUGUGGAUAAUUAUAGUGUUAUCAAUAGUAAUUUCUUAUUACACAUUGUGCAAACAGAAGGUGGCUUUUUUUCCUGUUCCUGGUUUUCACUACCUUGAGUGCGUGAUAUUGCAAAUGUCUGGCAAAGGUGCUCGCGCUUUGUUCGAGAGUGGAUUGUGGUGAAGAUUUCCAAGUGAGGCUGAAAAGAAAAGUGGUAAAAUAACAAUUUCGGGGCGUGUGAUCUGUCUGGAAGCAGGAAAAUCGAAAUUUAUCAUCAUUUGAAGUUCGAGUAGUGUUUUAAAAGUUGAUUACAUGUUUCGUCUUGCUCGGGUGGCCACGAAAAAGUUGCAGACAGCAUCAGCAAACUAGCUUCCGGAUUAUGGCGACGGCAGGAACCGAUUUGACAGUGCUUUAGAGACCAAAGCGACAGCAUAGACGAACGAAAUAAAACGCUGGAGAACGGUGUGCAUUGAAAAUGGAGCCAAAAACCAUGGACCUCUACGAGUUUCUCGUAGAGUCGGAACUGCAACAGUACUACAACUCAUUGAAAAACGAUCUGAAAAUCACCACCAUCGUCCACCUCAAGUAUGCCACCGAUGAGGACCUGCGGCAGGUGUGCGGACUAUCUCGACCGGAGAUACGGCGGUUGCGGAAAUACUACGAGAAAUACUUUCCCCAUGGUUACUUGAACAAGAUCAAACGAUUGCUGCAAACGCCGAAAAAGGACGAAGGGGGUAUUGGCAGUCCGGCGUCCAGUGUGGAACCGCUGAGGACAUGUCCUUCGCCCAGUAAAAUUCCCAACAACAAGCACAUCAUCCCGCCUGAUGCCAUUACUGUGAACAAACAGCUGGGAACGGGAGAAUUUGGGAUCGUUCAGCAAGGCGUUUGGACAAACGGAACCGAACGAAUUCAGGUGGCCAUCAAGUGUCUCUGUCGGGAGCGAAUGCAGUCGAACCCGAUGGAGUUUCUAAAGGAGGCUGCUAUCAUGCAUUCGAUUGAGCAUGAAAAUAUUGUGAGACUGUACGGAGUGGUGCUAGACACGGAGUCGCUAAUGCUGGUGACUGAAUUGGCUCAUUUGCGGUCACUACUAGAAUGUCUCAAGGAUCCAGGACUAAGAGUGAGCUUCCUAACCGUUCCAACGCUAUGCGAGUUUGCGGCACAGAUCUGCAACGGCAUGAUGUAUUUAGAGAACAAACGACUGAUUCAUAGAGAUUUGGCAGCACGAAAUAUUCUAGUUUUUAGUAAGAACAAGGUGAAAAUUUCCGAUUUUGGUCUGUCACGGGCGCUUGGUGUUGGCAAGGAUUAUUAUCAAACAAAUUUCAACGUGAAUCUUAAGCUUCCGAUUGCGUGGUGCGCUCCCGAAUGUAUCAACUUCCUUCGAUUUACAAAUGCCUCAGAUGUUUGGGCUUACGGUGUGUGUCUAUGGGAAAUCUUCUCGUACGGAUUCCAACCGUGGGCCGCCCUUACCGGCCACCAAAUCCUUGAAGCCAUAGAUGAACCAAACUAUCAACGGUUGGAAAAGCCCGAAUGCUGCCCAAAAGAGUAUUACUCUCUGAUGCUGAAAUGCUGGCAACAUGAUGCUGCCAAGCGACCUAAAUUCUCCGAAAUUCACCUACUACUUCCAGAUAUGAAACCGGAACAGCUGAAAACAAUCGUAUCAUUUAGUGAACCGAAAAAAGAUCAUCUCCUCUACCGACAAGGAGAAAUUAUAACCGUGCUGGACAAAAGCAGCACGUCACCGUACUGGAAAGGUGUACUGAAUUCGGGCAAAACCGGUCUGUUCAAUCCGGCCAACACCGUUGCCUAUCUGGAUAGUCUUCCCUCGUCGAUCAACCGGGACAGUUUCAGCAGGACCUCGGAACGAACCAGCAAACGCAAAAUACGUACGGAUAUGAUCUCCCGACCGCAGAACGAUCUGAAGCACACCGGGCACGUGGGAAUUGAUGGAGCCUACUUUGGCGAUGUGGCUUUUCUUGCCAGUCCACAGAAUCUACCCCGACAGAUAGUGACCCCGUACAAACCCUCGGAAGAUCUGGAACAAACGCCACUGCUGCUGCCGCCCACACCCACCAGUCCGGACUCGAUCCAAACGGCUAGUGGAUACUUUUCCGAAACACUACAAACGGGUCAUCAAAACUUUGUGAAUGCUGGCGAAAAUCAGGACAUCACAAUGGUGGACAGCGGACUGGUUAACACGUUUGAUUUCCGCAACAGUGGCUUCAAGGAUAGCAAUCCGUUCAUCAACGCGGAUGCGAACGGAGAUACGAGCUCGCACAAUCAAAGUAAAGGAACAAAAUCUUCCGACAAUCAAGACCCACAUGAGUACCAUGAAAUAUCUGACGAUGAUAUACCCACGGAAAAGGUGUUCGAUCACGGAACCUCAUUACUGGACGAAAUGGAGUACAUGUUCAAGUCGAUGACGACGGCUACCGAGCAACAACAACAACAACAACAACAACAACAACAGUUACCGCCACUUUCGCCGGAUGUAGAAAAUGUGAAUAAACGAAACGAACUGGUUGAACUAUCAUCCAAACUGAAUCGUAAAAACAGUUCCAGUUCGGGAACUGUUAGCAAUAAGAACGGUCACAAAUCUAAAAAGAAGACAAGCACUGUAAAACCCAUAUCCGUGAAAGACGAGAGGUUACUUAACCAAGCCAUUGAAAUUGCCAAUGAAAUCAGUGCAAAAUCAAUGACGGAUUUAGUUUCGGACUCGAGUCAGCAAACGUCGAGUCCGAAGCGUAAGUUUAGCUUCCGGUUUCCGCAUAUUCAUGGUGUGGUUGGUGGUAGCAGUGGGGGUAGCGGCGGCAGUGCCGGCAGCAGUCAUCAUCACUCGUCCGGUUCGGGCUCGGCCGGAAUGGGAGGUGGAUCGGCGAGUGGGAGCCGUGGCAGCGGUUCCGAUAAGGAUCACCUGGCUUCAUCGUCCUCCGGGCAUCAUCAUGGACUCGGAACGUUGUCCAGUGCGUAUCGGGAGAGACGAAACUUUUCCGAGGAGGCAAAGAAUGUGCCUGAUUUGCAUCGUUACCGUUCGCUAACCGGCAUCGAAAACUACCAACGGAACGACAUCCGGAUUCCGUUGUUUGACAAAGAAUCGUCCGAUUUCUGUUUCGAGAAAAGUCGAGAACUGCUAAGUAAACCGUUCAACCUGGACAUAUCAAGUGCGACGCUCGACAAUCGUCAUUUCGAUAAGAAAACACGUGAUUUGAUAGGGGAAAAUCUGAUGGACAUCGAGAAAACGUUGAAUGCGCUGAACUUGGAUUUUUUGCAGACGUAUCAGGAACUGGAAAAAGCCGACUCGGCUGAAACGCUGUUCGGUGAGAGUUACGUCAGUGGGACACCGUAUCGCAAGAGUCCACCGGCGAGUUCACUGGUUCGAGGUUCUUCACUGGAGAGUGGAUCUAAGGCGAUUCUAAUACCAGGUGAAAAAAGUGGAGGUGGAAGUGGUGGAUCAUCAGUUACGGGAAAAAGUCCACCGGCCAAAAAGCAAUACGAGAUGAACUUGUAUUCCGAGUUGAACGGCGGUACCAUAGGAACAAUACGGUCGCCUAAAGGGAUGCCCAUCAGGGAUUUUAAGUUUCGUCAAACGAUUGAUGCUAGAAGCAAGGAUCGAUCGGAUUACUACAAUAUGAAAAAUGAAUAUUUGUCGGAUCUGACACGGAAGCAACAGAAUCAGGUGCUUUUGUCGUCACCGGUUAAAAAGACUGCAAACUCGAGCAAUCAAUCGAUCAAUCAACUGUAUCAAAUUUAUAACACUCCGGUUCAGAGUAGUAAGUAUGAUGAUCCUGGUACGAUUUUAAGUUCCGCCAAUCAAAACCGUCAACGUUCGCUUUCGUUUACCGAAAAUUACGAACUGAAAUCACCGACGUCGAUCGAGACGCAGCUGAUGAACAUCUGCCACUCAAAACCCGGGCCACGCCCACAGAGUCAACCCAAAACCACAACCCGAAAAGUGAUCACCUACAAACCGAAGAGCAUUCGAGCGAGAAACCUCCGGCGUCUGAGCUACAACCCGAUUAGUAUGAUCGAUAGUUCCUCGUCCAGUAGCGAAAGUGAACUCGAUCGCAACCACGCUCAAUCGGAGUGUGACAUUCGGUCGAAGAUAAACUCACGCCGAAGGCGCCAGUACAUGCAGCGGCGGUCCAACAGCAACAGUGCCAGCAGUCAGGACAAACUUUACGGCUCGAAUGCCAGUAUCAAAAGUGCACCUCAGUAUAACUACAGUAGUGAUCGACAAUUUUGUAACUAUCCGUUCAACUAUACCGACUACGCAGAUAAUGACGACGAUGAAAAUAUAUACGAUUUUGGACGCACGGUACCACCUCCGCCACCGCCGGCCAAAUACGCAAACGAUCCGCCACCAUCGUUUGCGAAUAAAACUCUAGAACGGGACUAUCUGUAUUCGGAAUUUGACGUAUCGAAACUGACCGGUAAAAGUCCAACCACUCAAAGCUACUUCGCUGCCCAGCAGCAGCAGCAGCAGCAGCAGGUUCAGAAAACAUCCAAUCAACUCCCGUCGCAAAUUCCCGCGUCAGCGAUCGUGGCAACAGCGGCGAUACAACCGCAGCUGAAAGUCCAUCCCCAACCCGGGUUUCAGUGGCCGGAGAAGAUACACGGUGCCGUCGUUAAGCAUAACGACAUGCUGUGGCGGCAGAAACAGCUCUACAGUGGUUCGGUCAAUUCGACUUUAGGCGGUGGAGGCGGAGGCGGAGGCGGAGGCGGUGUCACUACUCCUGCUGCUGGCACUGGAAUCAGUAGUGUUGCCGUCAGCAAGGAUAAUCGGUACUCGAGUGAAACUUCUUCCACCGAAACGGAUUCGGUUGACUUUCGGCGUGAGUUUGUUCCCAUGAUGCCGCCCAGUCCGGCUCCAUGAGGGUAUAAGAAGGACGAGGUUAGGAUCGUGUGACUGGCCUGGCGUGCACUCAGUUGCAUGGCGAGGGAAUUGAAUCGAACCGGCCGAUGUGCCCCGCACUAAAAGUUAUACGGUCCGGUUGAUCAUUCAACUCUUUCGAUUGUGACAUGAUUGUGUACGUAUUUGCGCUAUUCUCCGUUCUCCUGCCGUUGUCCAUAUUGUCGAUAAUGGUUCGUGAACACACCAGCUACCCUAGUUAGUAGCAAGACCAUGGUAAUCUUUCAUGUUCUUGAAUAUGAUUUUUGAAAUUAGAAAAGGCACACUUAAACAUACGUACGAGUGCGGUUCAAAAGAUAGAAAUUUGAUGCCGGUUGCUCAAAUGGAUUUUUUUCUAAUUUCAAACUAAUUUGGUCGUCGAUACUCAUUGCAAAUAGCUUUGUAUCAAAAAAUUUAAACUCCUGACACCGUUUGGGUAUAACUAAAACAAGUUUUUUUUUGCAUAUUUGGAUUGUUCUUUUAUACAUCCAUUCUUAGCCUUGAUUUCCACAACUAUUAUACUUUGAACCAUUCAAAUUUACCUAUUAUAGACCGGUUUGAAAGCGGCGUCUUGGGAAACAGAACAUUUUUCUGAUUCAAUACGAUUUAUAUUUGAAAAAAAUAUUAAAUAAUUGUGUCCUUUAUACAUAGGUAAACGUAAUCUAAUUGAAUUGAGUCGAGCAAGUGACCGUGAAGGUCGGUAAAACCUUGGAAGUAGUCGAGAAUUUGGUUCCACUGGGAGAAACCGGGAAAAAGCCAGGAAUUUAAUAGUGAUAGCCGAAAUCUUAGUAACGAUUUUCAGCAUCGUGGUUUUCCUGAUUCAACAAGUGAAAAGUAUGAAGCAGUACCCAAUCUUGUGAUUGAGCGAGAAAUGUUGCUACAACUGCCGUUCUUCGCAUAAUUAUCCCAUGUUCUAUGGAAUUUCCUAUAUCGGACAAUUAUGCGUAGAACGGCAGUACAGGUUCUACGUAAAACAGUCCAUUGGAAAUUAGGCCAACAUCCUCAUGUUUCGCCCAACGAUUUCUUGAGGGUUUAACAGCAAUUUUAAAUCAAUCUGAAAGCAGAGCUUUCUUAGUUGUUUUUAAUGGAUCAGGGUCAUUUCGCCGAAGGCCAUUUCGCCGAAAGCCGUUUCGCCGAAAGCCGUUUCGUCGAAAGUCAUUUCGCCGAAAGGGUCAUUUCGCCGAAUGACAUUUCGCCGGAUUGGUCACUUCGACGAAUAUCAUUUCACAGAAACCCUUUUCGCCGAUUCCUGCAAUUGUCUUUAUAUUAUAAUUGGAAUUGAUUUAAAAUAAACACAACGUUAACGCUCGUUUUGUUGACCUACAAUUGUACAAUUGAAUAGAGAUUGAUUCUUGUACUCUUGAAAAAAGAAUGAUUCACGAACCUAAGAACAGAGUUCCCAAGGAAACUUGUUGACUAUUAGCCACUAGCCAUCAACGCAAUUGCAUAGGUGUAUCUACCGAGGCAAUUACAAGUUUAUAUGCAAGAGGCCACCGCUUCCGACGGCGGGUCGGCGGCCAACUCAGCUGGCGUCGCCUCGGCGGCUUUGUGCCGCUUAGCCAUCUUGGCUUCGGUUAUGUGGCUACGUCACAUCAGUUAUACAGGCAUAAUAACACAAAAAAAUAAUAAUAUGAUCUAUUCGAAAUUACCCUUUCGGCGAAAUGUCCCUUUCGGCGAAAUGACCCUUUCGGCGAAAUGGCAUUCGGCGAAACAACUCUCGGCGAAAUGACCCGCUCCCGUUUUCAAUAAUAGCACAAUGAAAGCUCAUAAUGAAAAAUAAGGAUAACUUGGAUGCUUCUGCUGUAUUUUUAUUAAAUUGGAAAAAAAGAAUACGAAACACUUGGAAAAUUUUGAAACUUGGCAAAUGUUUUAAUAAAGUUAUCAAAAAUUCAUGUUUGCUAAUGAUUACCCUAAUUUCAUCAUAAUUUGUUCCAGUAAUGUCAUCUUGAAACAAUACAUGUGUUACGCUUAUAUUUGUGUGAGAUAUUGGUUUCAGUAGGACUCACAAAAUUGAAAAAGUUGUCGACUUUGACCACAUCCACUGUUUACAGGGAGUAUUUGACUUCUUCUUUGAGAGCUUGAACUGGAUUCUGAGGACUUGUAAAAAAUCUUAGAAAGGUUUAGAAUAUGGUUUGAUUUGUUCGUUCAACGCAAGAAAUCCUUUUUUAUUGCGACUAAACAGUGCCGACCAGCUCUCUGGAUUGUUGAUGCGUUGUUGCUUUUGAUAGAUUGUGAGCGAACGAGGUACCUAUUUGGAAAAGAUUUUUUUCAUGCCCAGAUUUUCGCAUACGAUCAUAAAAGCACUUUCAGUUCAGUCGGACUUUGAUUUUGUGUUCAUCCAUAACGAUUAUCAAAACUAGCUCACAUUUUUUCCGGAUGACUGCUUAAUUUGGUCACGUUAAAAUCAGAAUACCACAAAUCUUUGUUUUUAAUCUGAGUGCGGGUAACACUUCUUAAACCAUUGCUGGACUUGCCCGGUUUUUCCUUUUAUCAAUAAACUGAUUUUGUUAUUUUUAAGUUUUCGUUAAUCAAAAAGUAACGUCACUUAUAUGUCGGUAAGUUUAGUGUUUGUGGUGCGAUUGACGUGAAAAUUUGACACUUGUCUUCUGAACGAUGAUGAUAGUUUGAUAUUACAAACGUCAUCUCAGUUGGUCCCGGGAGUUUUUUAACAAUGUGCUAUGCACAUCAGCGGCUGGAUUUGUUUUGUGCACCGUUCGAUUCGCCCGGGUUUGCGGUUCAAUGCAUACGGCGCUGAUCUUAUAAGCCAGUUGUUAUAUGUUCGAGCCCCGACGUGAAAUGAUUCAUAGUGUCAGUAGGAUCGUAGUAUAAAAUGAUUCUGUAUGCUAAGAAUCGGCUGCGAAGUCUGUUGAAACAGAAAGGCCAAAUUCCACAGAAGGAAUGUAAUGUCAAGACAUUGCUUUCGAUUCAUGCGAGACAUCUUUCACCAUCAACCCCAACCAACUAAACGAUCAGGGUAACCAAAAUUCUCAAAGAAAUAAUUUCGAAAAUUUGCAAACACAAAUAAGUUUAUACGGAACCUAAAAUACUGCUGACUUAAUAUUCCAAACAAAUAUUGGCAGAAAUUUUGUAGUUUGAUAUUGUAUUUAACCCUUAAAUGCGCAAUUUUGUUUUACAACAAAAUAUCGAAAACGCUUCAAGCUUCGAAUUUACGCGUCUCAUGCAAAGUUUUAUCGAAACAAAAUAUUAUUUAAAAAUCGACUAAAUAAUACUUCAAAAUAGUGGGUCGCUCUCCCCAGUACGAAUAAUUACCCACGGGCUGAGGACAGUACCGUGAAGUGGUAGGUUUUUUGCUAUUUUUCCGUUUCAAACUAAAAAAUUCUUGGAAACGGUGCAGAAUAUAGAAAAACCCACCUGACAAAGUCUUCGAAAUUUAGUUGAGAAUAUUCUGUGAAAUUUUCAGAAUGAUUCAUUGAGUUUAGCGGUCGUGUUGUAUUUUUUUCUGACUGAAGAACUGCAGAAAAAAGGAACGCUUGGAAAUGCAUACCUCUACUUGUUCAUCGAAUAUCUCGGCUUUGAAGGCUUGUAUCAUAAAUCUACCGUGACAAAGUCUAGAUAAGUUAGUUUAGAUGCGAUUAGUACAUAAAAAAGUAUAUGUUAUCGCGAUAACAAUAAAGUCUUUUAUUUUUCUGUGAAACAGUCAGUUUCAAUGCAUCCGCCAUUUUUUUUCGCUUUGGUUUCCUGAUAGCAUUCUGAAAAAGGAGAGAGAAAUAAAAUUGGCUCGACAAGGUUGCCAAACACACAGACAUUCAAUCUUUGUGAAAGUUGAAUAUUUUUUCAUUGUUCAUUGGAAUCAUGUAAUGUCCAACCCAUACGAUAAAUUAAUGUGAUGAAACUUCUCAUCAAAAUAAUAAAAUGUAUGCUGGCCACCCGGUACAGUUUGCUCAUAUACGAGAGAGUACAAGAGAAAUACGAUGCGCAAAGGGAAUUGAGCGAGUCACGUGGUCGAUUUAAAACUCAACACGUGGCCCUGUGUCCUCAGACCUUAAUAUGUUUCACCGGCUCUGUGUGGUUGAAUAUUCGACGCUACAAAAUUUUCAUUACAAAUCGCGCAAAUCUAGUAAUCCACGACUCAGAGACAUUCAUUUUGUUAGCGAUUUUUUUUUCAUUCCUGCGUUUGGCAUCGCCUACUAUGUUACAACAUCUAAAUAACUUUCGGUACGAGCAAGCGGAGGGCAAUUCAAUGACAUUUUCGUGACGACAUUAUUUUCUUUUAAGCAGAGCGUUUCCCGUUUGCCCAAGUAAAUACGAGUUUUUAACGGAUUGAGUGGAUUCUUGUGAAAACAGAAGAAAGAAGGAUAUUAAAUUGAUUUCAGUCUCGGUUAAUCACACGUCCUAGCCUCACAGAUUAAAAUAGUAACAGGAAAUUUUGCGAUGGAGGUACUCGCUGGAAUGCUGAUUCGGGCGGAGACAGUGGAAUAAUUCUCUAGAACAUCCAAGGACAAUUAACAAUACAGUAUCCAAAACACCGGACGGGCACAUCGAAGCUUAGUCCGCAACAUGUGUAUAGAUCAUUACAAAAAAAAACAUCUGCAGGGUCAUUAUUGAACAACAUACAACAAGUACUACCUACCAUAAGAGAAGUAUGUCCAGAUUUCAAGAAACUUAAAAAUACGUUACGCAUUAGAAUGUUGUUAGUAGACAGAAAACCAUUACUCAUAAUCGAAACAAUUACUUACUGUGAAUAAUUUUCUAAGCAAAAGAAAACCAAACAACUGUAAUGAAGUUUGGAGAACUUUGUCGCACAGAUGCGCACAAAAGCUUUACUACUCUUAUCCGAAGCAUUAUGCGAAAAUGUAUAUUUACAACUCUGUCUAACACACGCACUUAUAAAAGGAUGUGCCAUCAACAUAAGAGCCAUGAGUAAAGAGCGGAUGAAGUUCAGAAAUCGUACUUUUAAGUACUGAGAAAUGGGCAACAGGAAAGGAACAAAAAAUACUUUUAACAUAAAAACCAACCAUCACAGAUCUGCGAGAAAAAAAAACGAUGAAAUAAAACCGCUGGGAUGGGGUAAUGGUUGUUCUAGUCAUAGAAGAAAAAUUCUUAUGAUGUUCGAGUUAGUUGUUUGAUGCUACCUAUUUAGUACUUUCGCUUUUUUGCUCUGAAGAAAUUGCAUCAAACCUUUGAAUGUUAAAACAUACUCGUCCUGUCCGAGACUAUCAUAUCUAUUUCAGUGCAAGCUUGAAGUAUUACACACA